AUGUACCACUUAGUCAAGUCGCUCUAUCUGCACGCGACAAGCAAAGAAGAGUACUCAAUCCUCCUCCUUGGACUUGACAAUGCUGGAAAGACCACCUUGCUCGAGCAGAUCAAAGCGCUCUUCAGCCCGCACCUCCACCCCAAACUCAACACGGUUCCCACCGUCGGACAGAAUGUCUCCACCGUCGACCUGCCAGACAUCUACCUCAAGAUCUGGGAUGUCGGAGGCCAGCACUCGCUGAGGGGUCUAUGGCAGUCAUACUACAGCAGUUGCCACGCCAUUGUCUUUGUCAUCGACAGCACAGAUGUAGGUGAUGGAGACAUCGAACACCUGAGCAAUGCCCAAGAUGUGGUCGAAGAGCAGGGAAGACUAGACGAGUGCCGGCUCGUGCUAGAGAGCAUUUUACAAAACGGUGAGACCGAGGGUGUCCCUCUUCUCGUCCUGGCCAACAAGCAAGAUCGCGAAGACUGUGUCGAGGUUGUACGCAUCAAAGAGGGUUUGGUGCGCAAGAUCGUCGAGGGCGAAAAGGGAGGAAGUGUUAGAGACAGCAGGGUUCUUCCACUGAGCGCCCUCACCGGUACAGGCGUCAAGGAAGCCGUCGACUGGCUCUGUAGCAGAGUCAAGUGGAACAAGGAAGCAAGACCACCUGCUCUGCGAUGA